UAUACGUCGAAAGCUAUCAGCUGAAAACCAGAAGGCAAGUCGUAACCAACGAAUAAAGGUCGUCCUGCACUUUCGUGAAACUUCUUAAGUUAAUUUCGAGGAAGGUUCACGGUUUCUUUGUUCGUUUUGUGAUUUGGAUAAGGAGAACAAUUGACGGAAUACGACCUGGUUUAUUUUUGUCGCUUUGUUUCUGCUCGGAAACCGCCGUUAGGACAUAAUUUUAAGUUUCAAUCAUGGAAUCUCCAGAAAGCCAAGAAAGAGAAGAUGGAAUUCGUCUACGAAAAAAAAUUCAAGAAAAUGAGGAAGAUUUAGAAAGUAGUGAAUGUGAAGAUGAUGCAAAAAGAGACCUUGUGAAAAGGAUCCUCGAGUCAACCAAAGAGCUUACAGACUGCAUGCCCACAGAUCUUCCCUCUGCCAAACGGAUGUUGGAAGAUGGAUUACAUGCUGCAGCAGAGUUUAGCUCAGACAUGGCUGCUGGAGCUGGUGCCGUGGCAGAACAAGCUGGAGAGAUAUGUCGUAAAGUGAUUGAAGCAUCCUGGAAAGUCUGUCACUUCCAGGCUCUGCCUCAUUGGCUUCAAGACAAUGACUACCUGAUUUGGGGCCAUAGACCACCACUUCCCUCAUUCACUGCCUGCUUCCAGUCCCUGUUCAGAAUUCACACAGAAACUGGCAACAUUUGGACCCAUCUUAUUGGAUGUGUUCUCUUUGUCAGCCUAGCAGUUUACACGCUUAUAUGGUCCGAUCUACAAAUGGAAGAACGCUUGGUUUUUGCUGCUUUCUUCGCCGGAGCAAUCUUGUGUUUAGGCUUAUCGUGCACUUACCACACAGUUCACUGCCACUCCGAAUUUGUGGGCAAACUCUUUUCGAAAUUAGACUAUGUCGGAAUCUCCUUCCUCAUUUUGGGAUCCCUAGUCCCCUGGCUUUACUACACGUUUUACUGCCAGUAUCAACCCAAAGUGAUUUACUUAACUGUGGCCACGGUCUUGGGUCUUGGGGCCAUUAUUACCUCAAUGGUCGAUCGAUUUGGGGAGCCAAAAUACCGACCCUUUAGAGCGGGUAUUUUCAUCGCGUUUGGCUUGAGUGGAGCUAUACCAGCGAUUCAUUACGCUGUCAUGGAAGGCUGGGUUAACGCCGUUUCCUACGCCUCUCUCGGAUGGCUUAUUCUUAUGGGAUCGCUCUACAUUCUGGGAGCCCUCCUGUACGCAGGACGUAUACCUGAGUGCUAUUUCCCUGGGAAAUGUGAUAUUUGGUUCCAAAGCCAUCAAAUUUUCCACGUUUUGGUGAUAGCCGCAGCUUUUGUUCACUACCAAGGGAUCUCAGAAAUGGCCGUCUAUCGACUGACCAACAAUCAAUGUCCCGCAUCCGUAGAAGCUAACCAUGCUUAACCUUACCAAAAACAUUACAAUCUACGGGCAACAUAAAGAAAAAACAAGAAACAAAAAAAAAACUAAAAUAUCCCCGUUCGCUUCCACAUAUUACUGCUUUGUUUACGGAAAAUUGUUUACCAGAAAUUCUUUAUGUAAUGGUGUGGGGGAGGAGGGGGAGAGUUAUCAAAAAUUUAUGGGCACGUUGGUAAAUGGUUCUCGCGAAGAGGAAAAUUUUCUUAAGUAGAGCGAUCCAUUAAGUGCCUUUCGAAUACAUCUCUGUAGCUUGA